AUGAGCCAACAACAAAUGAAUGCCAACCCAAUUUAUUCCUCGCAAAUCAGGUCGCCACCGUAUAGCCUGGCCCUGCUUGAACAAUGUCUACGAGUUCCUAUUCCUGCUGAGCUACAACCUAAAGGGCCCAUUCAUCCACUUAAACAUCUUGUCCGCAAACAAUUUCGACGAAAUGUGUGGGAGCAUAGCCCAAAGAUUGUCGUCGCAGCCCUGAAAACAGGAUAUGAGGCAGAGAAGCUUAUUCGUACCGCUGGCGAUGGCGACUCGGAAUCGAGAAACCAGAUAUACGAAUUGCUACGCUACCGUAAAACUGUAGCUACUACCUCCGCGCUCGUUCCUCAACCUCCCAAACCCAAGAUUCGCUAUCCAGAAGCCAUUCCUGGUGUUCCGAAACUUCUCGAGGCGCGUCCUUUGCCAUUUGAAAAGCUCUCUGGGCUUCGUCAUGUCCCUAAAUUUGCGAAAGCAAUGGUAUCAAAUUUCCUACGAAUACAGAAACCGCAAAGUCCAUAUCUGAGUCGGGUGUUAAGGGACAAAAUCGAGACGAGACAAAAGCGCACGGAUUCUCGGGAUAAAAUAGAGUAUUUGGAGGAGAUAGCAAUUGCAGAGAAUACCUGGGAAGAUAUAAUUGAGGAUCAGUUGGAAAACGAGGGCUUGAGUGUUGACGAGUGGAACAAGAAACAGCCAGGGCUGGGCUGGGGUGUGGGGUUUUGGGAGAAAGACCUGCAAUUAGCCGAUGCUUCUGUGAAGCAUCUAAUGGUGCAGGAAUCACUCAGGGUAGUCGACUUGUCCAAAUUACAACUGGAAUUAGUGGACAAGGAGAGAGAAUUAUGGAAGCAGGAGAGGGGCCUGAGAAGGCAUAAUAAGAAAUUGGCCAAAUUGGAGAAGAAAUUUCAGGACCGAGUAUGA